UCGAUCGUUAUUAUCAUCUCCCAUGUAGUCUCACGGCUCAGUCCACUUUCUUCCCUCCCCCUUCCUCUCAUUUUCGUCCAUCGCUUGGGUACAUCCGUUCUUUAGUUUCCCCCUACCUGCUGCGAUCUGGAUAUUCCAAUAUUAUCAUUUCUUUCUUAGUUUCUCUCGUUCACGCUACUGGGCUAGCGACUGCUUCUGAUACCAUCCCUCCUCUUUCUCCGUUCUUUUUCCGCGGUAGAGCAAACUCUUUUUGAUUGUUUCAUUGCUUACUCCCUCUCAUCAAUCUCACCGGCUUCUCACUCAUUUGCUAUGGAAGGCAGCUCGGCUCCUCCCCCUGCAGAUGUCGCAGGCCCGACUGGAGAUCCUGCGCCUCCCGUCCAGUCUAACGUUCACUCCCAUGGGGUCCAUCAUGAACAGGGCACCACCACCCCGGAUGAUAAAUCUACCUCGUCUUCCACUUGUCGUGUGAACCUCACUCCUCGUCCGACUUUCCUGACAAAUUUGGCCAACUCUCGCGACUCUCAAUUCAUGCUUGACCGACGGAAUUCCAGCGAGAUCGACCGUUACUUUCACGGUCCUCGCGAUCUCGACAAACACUCCAAAUGGCCCAUCUUUCUGCGAAUGCACGGCAGCGUCCUGCCGAAGUUGAUUCUUCCCCUGACGUUUGUCGCCGCUUGGUCGACGGUCAUUACCUGUAUCUCCAAGUUCGUCCAUGAUAUUGGCAUCAACAACAUUCUGCUCACAGUCACCGGUUUCGUGGUCGGUUUGGCUUUGUCUUUCAGAAGUUCAACUGCAUACGAGAGAUGGGCCGACGGACGAAAGUAUUGGUCCCUUCUCAUCCAGACCUCCCGCAACCUCGCCCGUACCAUCUGGAUCAACACUGCGGAACGAGAGGGGGAGGAAGGAAAGGACGACUUGCUGGCGAAACUGACGGGCAUGAACCUCAUUCUGGCCUUUGCGGUCUCCCUUAAACACAAGCUCCGAUUCGAGCCCGACGUGGCUUACGAAGAUCUUGCGGGUCUAGUAGCCUACCUCGACACCUUCGCCAGAGACGCCCAUAAUCGCGACGUUCUCCAUCCCCCCAAAAAGUCUAUGUGGAAGUCGGCCGGUGAAUAUUUGGGCGUUUCGUUCGCCGAAUCUAACCCUAGAAAGUUGAUCAAGCGGUCCAAGAAGCCUCUGGGACAUUUGCCUUUGGAAAUCCUGAAUCAUCUUUCCGCCUACGUCGACAGAUGCAUUGCGAACGAAACCAUGUCUGUCAGUCUUCAUCAGGGCCAAGCUAUCGCCGCUCUGUCUACCUUGAACGAGGUCGUCACCGGCACCGAGCGUGUCUUGGACACCCCUCUUCCUGUCGCCUACAGCAUCGCCAUCUCCCAGAUCUCCUGGCUCUAUGUUUUGGCCCUCCCCUUCCAGUUGUACGACACGCUACAAUGGGUUACCAUCCCUGGGUCUAUCAUUGCCGCAUAUAUCAUUCUGGGACUUGCCACUAUUGGCAGCGAAAUUGAGAAUCCCUUCGGCCACGACGUUAACGACUUGCCUUUGGACACGUAUUGCCGACAGAUCGCCCUGGAAUUAGAUAUCAUUACCGCUAUGCCCCCGCCCAAGAUGGACGAAUUCGGCGCUCGGGACGAUAACCUCGUGCUGUUCCCUCUCAGUGCCUCCGGGUACCCCGAGUGGAAGAACCGCAGCGUUGAGGACAUCCGCGCCGCGCUGAAGGCCAAGGUGAUUGCCAACACCCCGGAGACGGGAUACUCUGACGAGUCCACCGUCGUGCCGAGCGUUGGCAGCACCAAAAGCAAACAAUCCGUCUAAGGAUCUGUGAUCAUACGACAUGAACAAAAAAAACAAACAUACGCAUAAAUUAUCAGCGGGAGUCCCUUUUUCUUUCCACUCUUCUUCUUUCCCUCGUUCAUAUAUCCCCUUUUUUAUUUAAAGCCAACCAAUCUCCUGGAGCAUGCGAAUUGGGCGUCCUUAGAUCAUUUGGGUUUCGGUGUUUUGAUGUAUUUC